GUUUGGCACACUUUUACGCGCCGCAUCCGCCACAUCUUGAGCGCAUCGCCCAGCAAGCAGAGCUCGCCCGCUGAAAGAAGUUCGCGCAUGAACAAAGGAUCGGCUCCAGCAACACGUGUCAUUAAAAAAAAAAAAAAAAAAACUCCCAACACGCAUCAAGCUGCAUUUUAGCGUCAGGAACACAACCACGUCACUCUGUUCAAGGAACUCCCACUUUUUCCCCUUUCAGCUGGAUCAUCAUCCACCCUACAGUUUAGAGGCAAAAACUAGGUGAAGAUUUGGGCGGAAAACGGCUUAAUCAUGAUGACCGGAUUUCGACUCAACUUGUCGCCCCUCAAAGAGCCUCUCGGCUUCGUUAAGCUGGUUGAAUGGCUCACGGCCAUAUUCGCUUUCGGAAGCUGUGGUGGAUUCUCGGGUACGAACGUCGUGUCUCUCUUCUGCGGUGGUGGCAUGAAUGAAACCCUCAAUGCCAGCUUUCACUACCCGUUUAGGCUGAGCCAGGUCCUGCUCAUCGAUGGAAACAUCACUAUAUGUAAUCACAAUGUCACUACCACGCACCUGAUGGGAGACUCGUCGUCCGCCGCGGAGUUCUUCGUCGGCAUCGGAGUUGUAUGCUUCUUGUACAGCAUGGUAGCUCUGCUGGUUUACUUAGGCUACAUGCAUGUCUACAAAGACUCUGACUUCGGGCCUAUUUUUGACUUUAUCAUGACAGCAAUCCUGGCCUUCCUGUGGUUGGUCUGUUCAUCUGCCUGGGCAAAGGGUCUGCAGAACGUAAAGGACGCCACGGAUACUGACGGAGUUAGUGGCACGCUAGCUAUUUGUAAGGGAAGGAACAUCACGUGUGAAGUCACGGACUUCGCCAACAUGCGGACGCUCAACAUCUCUGUGGUGUUCGGCUAUCUCAACAUGUUCAUUUGGGCCGGCAAUGCCUGGUUUGUUUACAAGGAGACUCGCUGGCACUCCCAGAAAUUCUCCUCCCAACCUGGAUCUGGAAGACAGCAGGUUCCUGCGCCAAUCUAACACCAGUGCCCACUUGUUGUUAUGCAAAAGAAGGAAAGGAAAGUCAAAUAUAUAUGAAGUAUUGAGCUUUUAUACAUAUCUAGAAAAUGUUCUUGAUAGAGGUGAGAUUGUUUGAACCUGUUAUAGGUAGGCUUUUUGCGUGUGCUAACGUUGCACAAAGCCGUACUGGCAUUUUGCAACCUAAAUGACUUGACAUCGGUUUACUUCUUGCACAAUGACGGUCCUGAAAUAAUAAAAUCCCCAUUCUCCAUAUAUUUCUUUGGAAAGUCUUGCAACUUAGAAUAAAAGGUCUUUCUUGUAUUUAACUUGCAUCAAACAUUUUUACCUUUUAAGUGGGCUUCACACCAUCAUGCAAGCUAAAUGUACAGUAGAGGAAUUAAAGCGACACCCAAAUGAUUUCCUUUGAAUAAAUGUAUUCAAAUCAAUGGUUGAAUUACAAAAUAUCUGUAAAUAAAACAGUUUUAUCUUAAGGCCUUUUUUUCCCACAUUUUCUCUAGGGCUCCCAAUAAAUGGGAUGCCCUAUUGUUUAGUUAUAAAUAAAUGAAUAGAAAAAUAUAAAUUACAUUUAGUCAUAAAAUCUGUGUGAAAUAUUUACAAUUCUGUUGCUGUUUUUACUUGAAGCUCGUUCGCAUUUAGCUCAAAACGUGUUUUCUUUCAUGUUCUUUGAAAUGCUUUACCAUUUACCACCACCUAGUGGCAGGCGGUGGUAAGUGCAACUCCUGGUGAAACUAACCAGAUCCCUACAUUUAGCCACAUUCAUGGUUUGCUUUCAAGCUUCAGAAAUGACUGUGUCAAGUUCUUUGACGCAGUCACUCAAAUAUCAGGAAUCUGGUUACUUCUAUGGUGCUUAAUAUGAUUGUGAGUUUUUUAAGUACAAGCCCAAAAACACCAGAGAGGCUGAUAAAGAUGCUCUGUUGAGUUGGAACCAAGGUACCAAUUAAAGAACUAAGAAAUCAUUUAGAAUGUAGUAAUAACAUCUUUUUCAUUAUAUUCCAAUUUUCAUCAUUUAUAUUUUGCAAAAUACAUGACAUUCUGCCAAAGUACUAUUUGUUAAAGUUAAUUUUAUUGUUAUCUGUUGUCCAUUUGCUUAAUUCUUGAUGUGACACCAAACAUGUUUUUGUACUUUACUUUGUCUUGAGUAAAAUAUGUUUUUGUUUCCCUCAUGUAUCCGAAUGAAUAGUUGAAAAGAUAUCUGCUUUCUUGGAUGUGGCCUGCGUCAUUUCAUUGUAUUUGUCAAUAAAAGUGAAUGGAUUUUUUUUUUUAAUUGAA